UGGAGCGGAAGUACGGAAGUCCAUUUGAGAAAGACCCGAGCUCAGCUGGAUGUGAGCCGCUCCGUUCCGCCAGUGUCCCCAACUGGGCCCUAUCCGUCGACUUCGCUUGAUUUGGACGAGGGCUGCUCGAUGUAUUGAACAUACUGUUAAUUUUAUAUUUUGGAGUAAGUAAAAAAAAAAAAGUUAGUUAGUUUCUAGAUGACACUGAUGGACGGACAGCUGUCAAGGGUUUGUGAGGUUUGUGCCGUGCUAGUGCUGAAAGCCUUCGCAUUAGAACACCUCACACCUAGCUGUUGAUGUUGCUGACCGUGUGCACUGCGGGCGCUCAGUGUCAAAAUGCCUCUUUCCUGAACACGCACCACACUGGUCACACGUAAAAUUUCCUCGACCAUUACCUGAGUCUGAGAACUCGAAGCAUCAGUGUUACUGCAGUUUCUGCUUAGUCUACCGUACACCAUCGCUACAAACUCCAAAGAGCAGUGGUGGAGCGUUGCCUAUCCUAGCGACGGCAAGCGUUCAUGAUACUCGCUAACGUGAACAGCACUAGCUACUUUGCGUAGCUACUCGUUCGCCUUGUUGCUGGCAGAAGGCUACCCAGCUCCAAAGUACACAAGUGACAGUAUUGUCACAGCAUGAGAUCAGCUGCGUGGAUUAGUGUCCUCCAAUCUUCCGAAGACAGUAGACCCUGCUGCAUUGUACUAGUACAUGCACACACAGUAGUACUGAAAUACUAGUCCAAGGAACACACUGGCCCAUGUGCUUGUAUGGAGUGACGACCCCGGCAUGGUAGAAGUGUGUAUAUCAGUACCUGUGACGACCCUGGCAUGGUAGAAGUGUGUAUAUCAGUACAUAGCAAAGCAGUCAUUCAUCACCAUCUAACACCAUGUCGUAUGAAGCGGUGGACAAAGGCGAUAUGACGCUGCAUGUCGAUGACAGCCCUCCAAGUGGCGGUCAGCCGCAAGGCAGCAAUGGCCACCGAUCACCGUUCACUGAAGAGAACAAAGACCUACUGCCCGGCGGGAGCGAACGAUCUCAGCUAGAUGUUGCAAAGCGUCGACGGAUUGCCGCUGUUGUCAUCGUCUUGUUUCUGCUGGCACUGAUUGCUGCCGUCGUGGUGUUGGUUCUGUGCUACAAUCGGGGCCACACCGUCCCACCGCCUCCGUCCGACAGCUCAAGCAAGCGCUCCAUGACGUUUGAAGACGUUUUCAACGGAACAUUUGAUAUAGCGUCAUUGCCUAUGACGUGGAUGCCGCAUGCUUCGCAGCUAGUUCAGUACCUACCCAAUGACGGGCUGAUUGUGGCAAUGUCUCCAGAUGGAAAAACGAAGACGACACUGUUGAAGUUUCCAGGUGAUGAUCGUACGCUUGAGGAAUUCUUGCAGUUGGAGUCGAUAUCUCCUGACGAACGCUUUGCUCUGAUGACAGUUGGAGGAAAGACUCAGAUCUUCCGUCACAGUACGUCUGCCAUUUACGUGGUAAUACGACUCGGCAAAGGAAGUCCCGUGACCUCGGAGGAUAUAUUUCAAAUCAAUGAUGGCCUUCCCUUGAGACUUGUCCAAUGGACUGGUUCAGGAUCCCAUCUGCUCUAUAUCCCAGUAGCUAAACCGGAUAUUUAUUAUCAACAUGAUGUUGAGAGAAAUUCUUCAGUAGUGCAGCUAACAACUGAUGGUGAGAAUCAAGUUUUGCUUCACGGCGUAGCAGACUGGCUUUAUGAAGAAGAAGUCUUGCAUAGUGAUCUGGCUAUGUGGCCAUCACCAGCCAGUAGAUAUGUGGCAUACAUCACUUUCAAUGAAUCUGUCGUGGAGUACUUCCACUGGGUCGAUUAUGGUGAUUCUGCUGACGCAUAUGUCAAGGUGGAGAAGUUACGCUACCCAAAGGCUGGGCAUCAAAACCCUAUCAUCUCUUUGAAUGUGAGAAGGUUGGGAGCUCCUGGUACUGUAGCAGGAUCCUCUGUGACGCUGAAUCCACCAGAAAUGGCUACAACUGACUACUAUGUUACAAAUGUUGUGUGGCUGAACCAGACACAUAUCUGUGUUCAGUGGAUGCCUCGGUUGCAAACCGUUGCCUACCUCACUGCCUACGAUGUGUCCAGCAGCAACUCUGGGAGCUUGUCUCCAGUCAUGACUCUGAGACUGCAGGCCGUUGUAGGCUGGGUGGAGAUCUAUCCACAUAAGUCUGUAUUGAACGGCAGGGCUGUCCUGACCAAGAUACCACGGCCAGAGUCUCCACAUUAUGUUCACAUGGCACUGGUGUACAUUACACCUGGUAAUGGCCCUCUCACGCCACACUUUCUCACCAAUGGAGAAUGGGAGGUGUCUAGUAUUGAUGCAGUGGAUACCAAUAGUGAAUAUGUUCUAUUUCAAACCACUGCUAGUGGUCCAGAGUAUCGCCAUAUGUACUACCAAGCACUGACGACAGGCGCUGCCGUAUCCGUGUGUCUCACAUGCACUGAAGAUGACUCUUGUCAGUUCAAUACGUUCAAGGUGAGCAAGGCAGCUGACUACAUGGUGUGGGACUGUCGUGGCCCUGGACUGCCUAGGACUCAGAUAGCUCGUAUCAGUGCUACCGGAGCUGAGGUGUUAAACUACGCUGAAAACUACACAGCGUUUGCCGCAGCGUCCAACAGUCUGGACCUCCCUGACGUUCAGUACCUGAGACUUCCUGUGAACGGAUUGCAUUUGCCGGCCAUGCGGAUCAGUCCAAAUGAUGAGAGUGACACGGAGAAACUGCCGACGCUCAUGUACGGUUACAACGGACCGUUGGCACAGACGGUGACGGCGAAGAAUCCACUCUUGAGCAAUGGUGACUUGGGCCGGUGGCUCAUGUACCUCGUCAGUGAGCACCGCUUUCAGAUAUUCAUUGUUGAUGGUCGUGGAACUCCCUAUUUGGGGGACAGCUUUGGAAAAGCACAGUAUUUGCGAAUCGGUGAAGUCGAGUCAUCCGACCAGAUUUCAGCUGCGCGGCAUAUCAUGAAGAAUUUUGACGCGGAUGCUGAGCGCAUGGCCUUCUGGGGCUGGUCGUAUGGAGGGUUCUUAUCUUCCUACAUUGCUACGCGGCCGGACAAUGUCUUCCAAGUUUGCAUGGCAACCUCGCCUGUUACAGACUGGAGGUACUACGACACCGCCUACACGGAGAGAAUGGAGGGAUUGCCCUCACAGAACGUACACUAUCUGAAUAACAGCAUAGUAAAACGUGCUGAUAGGUUUGGCAAGACCAAGUUUCUUGUCAUACACGGAUCAGGAGAUGACAACGUACAUUUCCAGAACACGGCGCAACUAGCCGCAGCUCUGACACACUUCAAAGUUCAGUUUCGCAUGCAGAUCUAUACUGACAAGGCACACUCGCUGCGCGGACAGAACACAGAGUAUCAUCUGUAUACACUGCUCACAGACUUUCUACUCACCUCGUUCAAAAUGAAUAAAUGAGGUGUGUGAAUAAUACUGACCUGCUUGAAUACACUGCACGUGCACACUCUCUGCUUUAAUUGUGUUUGUUCACUUCGGCCACAGGUUCAGCACCUAGUGCAUACAUUCUAGCAGCCAUGCGCAGCCUGCAAGCAUUGGACGUAUACUGAAUAAUGUGUACCAGCCAUCCGGGCAGCAAAAACACUGGAGAUACACUGUCAUUAUAGAUAUCUGUGUACUGUGAUUAUUCGAUGUGCCUUUCUGCUUGAUGCCUCCGCUGGUGAAUGAAUAUUUUGCAACACCCACCUGAAA